UAUCAUUCAUUCAGUCAUGGAUUUAUUCAAGAGAGAACGCUUUUCAUUUGAGUUCUACACUCUCUUUUUUCCACUGUGUUAUUUGAUUUGGUUUUGUUGGUUACCACCUACUAAAUACUCCUGUGAACUGUUCCUCCAUACCCCUGUACCUUAAGUAGUUAUCGGUUGCUCCACUAACUAAUGUGAAGCUACUGAGGUCUGCCACCCACCACUCCUCACUGGGUCCGGCUGACCAGAAGAUUUCAGCGUCAUCUUCACUGGCGUGCUUUCUUUUAUUUCUUUUCAAUCCUGACUGUCGUUUCUGUACCAGUUGUUAUCAACUCGCGAUCGUUUGGAGGAGAGGCUGUUAUCUCGAAAUCCAUGUCGACCACGUAAUAGCACUUUUUUUUUUCUGUGCCAUUUUUUGUUGUUAUUUUAUUUACACGGAAAUGCUGAAGAGGAAGCAACCCCAGCUGCCCGUGCGGCAGUUGGUCAUUCUCUCAAUAUGUCGUUUUGCAGAACCUGUCGUCUUAACGUCCGUUUUGCCAUAUCUUCCCGAAAUGAUAGAAUCGGUAGGCGUCGCAAAGAGCGAAGUCGCCAAAUGGGUCGGAAUCACCUCUGCCGUUGUCGCUGGCUGUCAAUGCAUCAUGGGUGUCCCCUGGGGUACUGCAUCGGACUACCUCGGUCGAAAACCCGUCAUUCUACUCGGCUUGACCUUCACGAUGAUCUUCUCCCUCAUGUUCGGCUUCUCCCGUACCCUCACCUCGUUGAUUGUCGCGCGCGCGUUCCAGGGUCUGAUGAAUGGAAACGUGGGUAUCAUCCGGACAAUGGUGGCAGAGAUGGUUCCGGAGAAAGAGCUCCAGCCCCGUGCAUUUAGUGUCAUGCCGCUUGUGUGGACGAUUGGAAGUAUUUUCGGACCUGCGUUUGGAGGUGCCCUGGCCAAUCCGGCGGAGAAGCAUCCGACGAUCUUUGGAGGUUCGGAGUUUUUGAAGAAGUAUCCUUUCGCCUUGCCCAAUAUCGCCUCGGCUAUACUUUUUGUCGUUGGGAUAACGACUGGUUUCUUGUUUAUGAAGGAAACUCUGGCCACGAGGAAGAACUCUCGAGACUACGGCCUGAUUCUAGGUCAGGUAUUGACCAGCGCCUGUACCGGAUCACGCUCCAGACGCCGCAGCGCACACCCAGUUAAAAGGCUAGAUGACGACGAGACAACCGCCUUGCUUGCUGGAGACGAAGAAGUGGAUGAAGAGGACUUUUACCAGGAGUCUCAAGUUCAAGGACCGACUACUCCGCAAAAGAACCAGAACAGCGGCAAAGCCAAGCGUCCGAGCUGGGGCCAGGUCUUGACCCCGCAGUCGAUUCUAGUAUUGAUAGCAUACGCCAUGUUGGCAAUGCAUAGCAUGGCAUUCGACUCUUUAUUUCCUGUGUUCCUGCACUACCGUCCGCAGAACCUCGAGGGAAAUCCAGACGUGAACCUUCCAUUCAAAUUCGCAGGAGGCUUUGGCGUUGACUCCCAGACAAUUGGUAUUCUAUACACUCUCAUUGGAGUCAUCGGCAUGUUCGUCCAAUUCCUCGUCUUUCCGGCCGCCGCCAAACGCUACGGCGUCCUGAACUGUUUGAAGGUGACCUCGAUCAUUUUCCCCAUUCUACACGUCAUCACGCCAUUCAUCGUGCUCUUGUCCGAUCCUAUCCGGAAUUUUGCCGUCUUCCUUCUCAUGCUCUUUAAACUCUUCUGUGUCAUCUUCAGUUUCCCCUCGUGCACCAUCCUCCUGACCAACUCCGCGAGCAGCUUGAACAUUCUGGGGACAUUGAACGGAGUGGGCACCAGCGUCAGCGCUAUCGGAAGGGCAAGUGGGCCGGCCCUUGUCGGAGCCACGUUCUCCUUCGGCGUCGAGAAAGGAUAUAUGAUCAUCCCGUGGUGGACUCUCGCGUUUGUUGGAGCUCUGAGUGCCAUUCCUGUCUUUUGGAUCAAAGAGACAGAUGGUUUCAUGGCUAAUAGCCAGGAUGAGCAAGACGACAGCGACGAUGAUAACAACGAAUACAACCACGAUCAUGAAAGCCCACGAAGAUAGCUGUAUUAUAGCAGCAGCAGCAGUAGUGACAGUUAUUAACGUCCAGCGAGGUGUGAGCCUCUGUUAGUUGGUCCGGAGCAAGCCCGGACAGGAAAAUUUGAGUCUGAAGCCGGCAUAGGAGAUAUGAAUGAGUUACGUUAUGUUCCGUUAUGAGACGAGAUGAGACUGCAUGAGGGCGUUUGGGUUUGGGUUUGGGUUUUGGGUUCCUACCUGCUGUUUAUCGCAUGUUUAUCGCAUGGCCGGGGUACGCUCUAUGUGUAUACGCAUGCUGUUUCUUCUUUUCCAUAGUACGCUGUACGUACUCGCCAAAAGUUAUAAGAAUGAGAAUAAUAGAGUAUUUCUUCC